CGUGGAGUGAAGAAGAUGAAUUUGACGAUUUAGAAAAAUAUAAUUUAAUAAAAUUAAAAUAAAUAGAAAUAUUAGCAUAAUUUGCAAAGAUUUACAUAGAUGAGUUGUAAGUGUACAUAAAAGAUUCUCUGAGAUGUUCCUAUUGUUCCUAUUUUCCCUUUUGCACCAUGUUAGCCUUUCUUUUGUUCCAUCCACUAUAUUUCACCUAUCGAAUAGAAUAUUAACAUUCCCAGAGUGAAAUUAAUAAAUUGUAUGCAGAAUUUAUUCCCAUUCUCAACAUGGCGCGCAUCCAUACUCUUGGGGGCUUUAGGGGGCCAUUUACUUACAUUAUAUACAUGUGGAAUUUAUAUUUUCUUAAGUUGAAUGUGAUAGUUAUGCGCGAGAGAGCUUCAAGAAGCAGAUUGUGGUGUGAUACAAGCGCUUGUGAGAGUCACGCAAUUUUUUCAUUCACACCAGACGACAAUAGAAGUUUAUAUACUUUACUUUAAGACUACAUAAAAAAAUUUUUGAUCCAUUUCUUCUCUAUCGCUUUUCAUAUUCCUCGAGGUAAUAAACGUUUUAAUUGCGAGUGAGAAUAUUUCCCAAAAAAAAACAAAGCUCUGGCGUCUUAUAGUAAAGUUGUCAGAAUAGUCUAUAAAAAUGAUAUAAUAAGCCCACUUUUGCCUGUUUAACGUCCAGUACUUUGGUAGUCAGUUAACUGUAUUUGCAGUAAAGUUAGAACUUGAAUAGUUGAGAGGUUCUAGCUGCCAUGAGCUUUAAAGUUUAAACUUCUUAAAUAACUUUAGGAUCGAAUCUUGUGGUGCCAGAUUUGGUCAUUUGGUAUUUCUUAAUUGAUCCAGCCGUUUUAUGGAGAGGUUCAUGACGUCAUACAUAUAUAGCAGUGGUGUUAUGUACAUACGUAGCCUAGCCCAUAUAAAGUAAGGAUUACUGCUAGCCAGUUACUUACUAUAUAUGUAAUAGGAUUGGACAUGUAUUUUUAAAAACGCUUGAAUACAUGUCAAUUCGUUAAAAUUUUUUCAAUAAACAAAAUGUACAUUUUUUUUGUAUAUUUAUUAUGUAUAGAUCGCGAACUUGCUUCAUCAUAUGUAUGUGAAACUGGUUGGGAAUGAUUGAAAAGAAAUUUUUGGGUAUUGGUGUCGUGAAAAUUUAGUGACUCGUUUACACCAUUAACUGCUGAAUGCCGAUUUCGGCUCUUUGGAAUGUUUUCUGCAAAAUUUAGUUUUUUUUUCUGAGAUGUCUCGAGCAAAGCAAUAAAAUAUCAAUGAUAUUCUCAGAGAAUGAAGUAAUAGAAGUUAGCAAAAAUAGGAUUCUUCUUUUGUUGAUGAUUAAAUUGAAUCUUUUUGGUUCUUUUAAUUUAACAUUUUGCCUUUCGUUUCUUCUUCUUUUGCAGUACACCUGCACUUUUAUUGUGAUUUUUUUUUCAGGUUCAUUUAGGCAUUCUUGUUGGUGAAUGAGAACCAAAGACAACCCAACCAGACAUUGCCAGGUUGUGAUGUGAUUUGCUAUUUAUAAUUUUCUUUUUCUUUUUCAACAUCCGGUUACCCCAAAAGACUUUAAUCUUGAGGCCAGACUAAGAACAUCCCUUUACUACACGGUCUAAAAGAAGAUGCCCCAUUGUUAAAUCUUUAAUUUAUUGAGUAAAAGUAGGGUUUCUUAGUGGGACACUAGCUGUGAAUGUGGGGGUUCAUGGCCAGUAAGAGAAGACGAAAAUCUCUUAAAGAAAUUCCAAAAAUUUGAUAUGGAUGAGAUCUUUAAGAUAGUUAAGUUGGAAUGUAUGGGAGACAGAACAAUAUAAUACAAAAGAGUUCAUCUUUUCACAUAUAAAAAUGAAUUUUCUGUUCAUGAAAUAUACUAUGAAUAUACUGCUUGAAUAGAUGUGAUACAUAGCAAUAAAGCAAGUAACAUAAUUAAGUUGAUUUAAUUUGUUAUUCUUAUCUAUCUUUUUACUAAAAAAUCAGCAAAGUCAAAUAAUGCUUGUUUGUUAAUUCAUCUCGCAGCUUAGAGUGAUCAUUUUUGAUGGUGGCAAAGAAAAUGGUCAGUUCUUCUUGAGUAUUGACCAAGCAGUGAUAAAGUUGAAUACAUAAUAUACAAUCAAUGUACAUAUUUAUAAAAUUGGCAAAGCGACAGGUUGGAAUUUUUCCUUGAUGUCGACUUUCUCGCAAGAUUCCAUUUGGCACGUUCAGUAUAAGUUUUGUUGGAUAUAUGAAAAAUUGAGAGAUCCAAUUCGCCCGUCUCACCUAUUGCACAAUUCGUGGGCUUACAUACUUGUGUCGCGUAUGUGGUAUUUAGAAAUACCUGAGAAAGAGAUGCUAGUAAUAUUCUCAAAACACCAUCUCCACACCUGCAAAGGUGCUGAACAGAGAGAGAGAGACUCAUACAAACCAGUUGGAGAGUUUCGUCUUAGCGACUGGAUCGCGAUCGUACAAUCGUCUGGGCGGCCAUUCUUGAGUUUACCUCUGCCGUGCCAACAACCACUUUGCUGCUCAGGUGUAAACUUCCAGUGCGGUGGCACAAUUCAUUGGCCUCUGGGUAUUGCUAUACAUAUUCGUGCAUACUGCAAAGUAUCAUCAACAGUGUUGGUCGUCACUUUUUUAUAUGUCGUGCUAUUGAACCGUUAUUGAGUGAACAUAUGCGUAGAGUGUAGAAAAUACUCUUGAGAUUUUUACCUGAUCCUCACCUACGGAAAAAGUGUUGACGUGGUUUUAUUAAUCGGGUGUGUGUGAUUUUUAUUUUAUUCAAAGAAAGCACAUAUAGGUGCUCUCACGCGAGAGUCAAGUUGGUCCCAAUAGCGAAAAUAAGUUUUAUAGUUUCGUUGGAGCAAUGAUCGUGUGCUUGUGAAAAAAAUCUCUAUUGUGACACACCUGUGGAUGAAUGCUAAUCGUGGAAGACGCCAUAUUUGAAAAGACAUUCCACCUCACAAGAUUUCCCCGAAACCAGGAGACGAUGAAUGUGUAGGUAGUGGUGGAAUUCAAAGUGGUUGUCUCAUGGAAUAAGACGUUUUUCUUGCUUAAGUGUGCAUGUGUAUUCAAAGAGGAAUACCUGUGGAGUGAAGACGAAGCACUGGUGAAGAGAAAAAAAUAAUUGGGGGAACGAAGAAGAAGACAUAAGAAUCUCUGGUGAUUGUGCUUCAUCGUGUGUGACCCACAAUGGGUGAUUCUACACCAAUAUGUCGUUGCCGUGUACUGUAUCUAGGCAGUGCUGUGCCACGCCAGAGCAAGGAUGGUCUGCAGGGUAUUCAGGAACCCCUCAAGGGGCUAUACCCAUCCGAAGGUGCCGUUGGCGCCAAAGGGAUCGAUUCGUGGCUCAGUGUCUGGUCCAAUGGGAUCCUCCUUGAGAAUGUAGAUGAAAAUAGGAAACAAGUAACACGCUUCUUCCCAAUUGAUUCCCUUCACUACUGCGCUGCUGUGCGACAGGUGCUCAUCCCCGAGCGUAAUGCUAGUCCAGAGCCCAAGUUUCUCCCACUGGACUCACCAUUUGCACGGACACCCCGUGCCCAACAUCCACCCAUUUUUGCUGCUAUCUUGCGGCGAACUACGGGCAUCAAAGUACUAGAGUGUCAUGUCUUCAUAUGCAAAAGGGAAGCAGCUGCUAAUGCACUUGUCCGAUGCUGCUUCCAUGCUUAUGCUGACAAUUCCUAUGCUAGGCAGCUCGAGGGUAGCACAUCCGGUAGUGUCUAUGGGACUCUUGGGAAACCCAAUGGUGAAGGUUGGCGAUCAAGAACCGGCAGUACUACGACUCUCAAUAGUGUAGGACGACAGCCUAUAUCGAAUGGUGUAGAAUCAUUCACAGUCAAAAAUUUGUAUGCAAGUAGUGCUGACCUGGAUGUUGUGGACGAUGGUGAUGGUUCGAUGUACAACGGUGAUGAGAAUCAUAAGGUGUGGACAGGGUCAACAGAUCAAUUGGAUGGGUGUGGCCUCGAGAGUCCAUAUGACAUCUACUCUAGUGGUACAUCAACAUUGGGGCGACCGGCGCGCGCCCGUCAAAUAAGCGCCCCAGUGCCAGUACCCCCUCCGCCCAAAGAGGAAGUUAAGAAGAAGAAGGAUAAGAAGCAGCGCAACAGUGUUGGUAGCCAAAGUCUCUCUGGUACACUCAUCCGUCCAAAACCCGUGCAUGCCAGUUCUCUCACGCUUACUCGCCACCCACCCCCACAUAUGAUAUAUGGCCCAAUUCCGGGGCAUGCAGCAGCCCGUCAGUUUCACACACUCACACAUCGAGGUGGCUACACAAAUGGGCACGGGCCCACAGGUCGACCCCCCAUGAUGCCAAUGGCAAUACCCUUGCCCAUGCCACCACCUGUAUCCCUCAUGCUACCACCACAGUAUGCCACACUCCAGACGCCGGGUAGCAAGGGGGGAAAGAAGAAAAAGGAAAAAGUAAUGAAUGGGCGCUCUAAUGCCAUCCCUUUGGGUAUGCCGGUACCCACACCGCUGUUUGCCUACCCUACUCCGCCUCAAGUGGUACCCGAACCUCGGCCACUUGCAAUGAGUAAUCGCAAAUUGGCCCAGAGUGCUGCUGCUGGUUUGGAAGACUCUGGAAAUUCAGGCACAGAAUCUCCUGGCGGUACGGGCAUUUACAGGCGAAAGGGACACCUCAAUGAACGGGCUUUCAGCUAUUCCAUCCGCCAGGAACACCGCAGUAGGAGUCACGGUUCCCUGGCUAGUUUGCAAUUCAAUCCACCCGAUAUGAAAAAGGAGCGCGAAAUUGCUCAAAUGAUUGCUGGAUUGGAUCUUAACGAUGGCGCCAAUUCCACCAUGCAAAGGCGACCAAAUAUGAAUCCAGGAUCAUCGGGAACCUUUGGGAAAUCAAGGAGAUAGACGAACGAACGAAUCUACUGGAGUGUGUUUUGUAAAAAAUAUCAAAACUUCUCUCCAAUGAGUCACAUUUUAAGGGAUAAGUUCUGUUAAAGAAAUGUUUGUGUAAUAGCAUUUCAUGCUGAAAAGUCAAUAGAAAUCAUUUUAAUUAUUUUUUAAUGAAAUAUUCCAUUGAUAUCCUUAAUAUGACAGGAAAACUCGAAUAAGCAAACAUUUCUUGAUCGGAAACUCUUUACAAACAUGGAUAAAAAUGCCAUGUCCAUUCUAAAAAGAAAAGAGGAUGAUAUUGACUGAAUUUCAAAAUAUUCAAAUUGAGUAUUUUAGAUUAGAGAAGGGACAGAAUUUUAUAAAAUGUCAGAAAUGUUUUUCUUAGAUAGGUAGUUUUUUUUUAAAUUAAGAUUUGAAUCUGGUUUUAGCAAAACAAUGCUAACAAAUAAUAUUUCAUAUAAUUUUUUCAUUGUAUCAAUUUUUUUCUUAAGUUGUUUUAAUCUGAAUUGCAAAGUUGAGUGAAAGGUUUGCAUAAAAAAAAGACGGCGAUUAAAAGUGUCUCCGCGAAAAUAAGGUAAUUAUUUACAACUAUGCUUUUAAACAUUGAAAGAGCACUUAUACAUAACUUUCGAAUUAUUGCUGGUUGACCUUUCAUGCCAAUUGGGGCAAAAUUCUCGACAUUUUUUUAAAAUUAUUUUCAAUGAAUAACAUUGGGCGUUGUUGUAUGUAUUGUAAGCACAUAUAUUGUGCACACAAACGCAAUCUUUGGCAAUUUAUAAUAAUAAAAAAACUUCUAAUUUUGUUAGAAGAAGUGGUUCAAAAUCAAUGGUUAUUUGAGUAAAAAUUUGUGUGCAUCAUGAAUGGUGAUGGAUAUGGGAGGAAAAAAUACGAUAACAUACUCUAAUGGCUUUGGUUAGGAAAUAAUUGUAGCUAUGUACUCCAUACAUGUGCAGUAAAUACAUUUUUUUGAUGUGAAAAAGCUGCCGCAAUACUCAAAAAAGUUUAAAGUAAAAUUUUUUGCACCGUUUUCACAAUGAAAACCAUUGAAUUUGUAUAGUUUAUGAAGGUGAAAAAUACCACGUUGUGAAUACAUAAAAAUCAAAAAGAAUUCAAUGCUAAGAGAAAAUACUUUUUGCAUAUGUAUUAUUUUUCAUUAAUUUGUAAUUAUAUACAUUACUAUCGUUCUGUAACUACAAAAUGAAUCAAUGUUAUGUGCAGAGUUGAAACUAUAUAGACAAAAAAAUGAAACCUCUGCGGUGAAAUAGAAAAAAGCCAUGUGCCUUACUAGGUGUAAAGUUGAUUAAUUAAUGAGGAUGGAGAUGAGAAUAUCAUUUUAUUUUGUGUAAUAAAUGAAACUGAAAAAAUGUAAAUUAGAAUUGAACGAUAAUUGUUUUGAGACCAUAUUGAGGAGCUAAUAAAUAUGAUGAUAAAUAUCUCACA